GGAGAGGAAACGUGCGGGGGAGAAAACAAACGGAAUGCAGCCGUAGUCGAGGCUCCCUCUAUCUCUCCCACCACCAGUGUUUGUAAUUUUCUAAUCAGUGGUGUGUCUCCGUUAUUCCGUGUCUUCUGGAAAAGCAACAGUUUGUGGGAAUAACCGUCGGAGCGAACAAACACCGUUGAUAAGAAGACAGAAACAUGAGUGUCGAGGCGUACGGGCCGAGCUCGCAGACUCUAACGUUCCUCGACACCGAGGAAGCCGAGCUGCUGGGAGCGGACACCCAGGGCUCCGAGUACGACUUCACCGAUUUCACCCUGCCGAGCCAGACCCAGACCCAAGGCCAGACCCAGAGCCAGCUAGACAACCAGGUUAAUGGCCCUGACGGCGUGCUACAGAAUGGAGACGACCCUGUGGUAAAAGCCAGUCAGCUGCUUGCAGAGUUGAACUUUGAGGAGGAUGAGGAGGACACCUAUUACACCAAGGAUCUCCCGAUACAUGCCUGCAGUUAUUGUGGUAUUCAUGAUCCAGCCUGUGUGGUCUACUGCAACACGAGCAAGAAGUGGUUUUGCAAUGGCCGUGGAAACACAUCCGGCAGCCACAUUGUAAACCACCUGGUGAGAGCAAAGUCCAAGGAGGUGACCCUGCAUAAAGAUGGCCCCCUGGGGGAAACAGUGCUGGAGUGCUACAACUGUGGCUGUCGCAAUGUCUUCCUUCUGGGCUUCAUCCCUGCUAAAGCUGACUCAGUAGUGGUGUUACUGUGCAGGCAGCCAUGUGCCAGCCAGAGCAGCCUGAAAGACAUCAACUGGGACAGCUCACAGUGGCAGCCUCUCAUCCAGGACCGCUGCUUCCUGUCCUGGCUGGUGAAAAUCCCGUCAGAGCAGGAGCAGCUGAGGGCUCGUCAGAUCACCGCCCAGCAGAUCAACAAGCUGGAGGAGCUCUGGAAGGAGAAUCCCACUGCGACCCUGGAGGACCUGGAGAAGCCCGGUGUGGAUGAGGAGCCCCAACAUGUGCUGCUCCGCUAUGAGGAUGCCUACCAGUACCAGAACAUCUUUGGUCCUCUGGUGAAACUGGAGGCUGACUACGAUAAGAAACUCAAAGAGUCUCAGACUCAAGACAAUAUCACAGUCAGAUGGGACUUGGGCUUGAAUAAAAAGAGGAUUGCUUAUUUCACUCUUCCCAAGACAGACUCAGACAUGCGUCUCAUGCAGGGAGAUGAAAUUUGUCUGCGGUACAAAGGAGACCUGGCCCCUCCAUGGAAAGGCAUUGGACAUGUCAUCAAAGUCCCUGAUAACUAUGGUGAUGAGAUUGCCAUAGAGCUGAGGAGCAGCGCCGGAGCUCCGGUGGAGAUCCCACACAACUUUCAGGUCGACUUUGUGUGGAAGUCCACUUCCUUUGACAGGAUGCAGAGUGCCCUGAAGACGUUUGCCGUGGACGAGACCUCAGUGUCUGGUUACAUCUACCAUAAACUGCUGGGACAUGAGGUAGAGGAUGUGGUCAUCAAGUGUCAGCUGCCCAAACGCUUCACCGCUCAAGGCCUGCCUGACCUUAACCACUCACAGGUGUAUGCUGUGAAGACGGUGCUGCAGCGUCCCCUCAGUCUGAUCCAGGGUCCUCCGGGCACAGGGAAGACAGUAACCUCUGCGACCAUUGUCUACCACCUGGCUAGACAGGGCAACGGGCCAGUGCUGGUGUGCGCACCCAGCAACAUCGCCGUCGACCAGCUGACAGAGAAGAUCCACCAGACAGGCCUCAAGGUGGUGAGGCUGUGCGCCAAGAGCAGGGAGGCCAUAGACUCGCCUGUGUCCUUCCUGGCUCUGCACAACCAGACUCGUAACAUGGACAGUAUGCCAGAACUUCAGAAGCUUCAGCAGCUGAAGGACGAGACUGGAGAGCUGUCCUCCUCAGAUGAGAAGCGCUACAGAGCUCUGAGACGCACCGCUGAGAGGGAGCUGCUUAUGAAUGCUGACGUGAUCUGCUGUACCUGUGUCGGGGCGGGCGAUCCUCGUCUGGCCAAGAUGCAGUUCCGCUCAAUCCUGAUUGAUGAGAGCACCCAGGCCACCGAACCAGAGUGCAUGGUGCCUGUCGUCCUGGGGGCCAAACAGUUGAUUCUGGUGGGUGAUCACUGCCAGCUGGGCCCUGUGGUGAUGUGUAAGAAGGCAGCUAAAGCAGGCCUGUCCCAGUCUCUGUUUGAGCGUCUGGUAGUUUUGGGGAUCCGGCCAAUCCGUCUGCAGGUUCAGUACCGUAUGCACCCGGCUCUCAGCGCCUUCCCCUCCAACAUCUUCUAUGAGGGCUCUCUGCAGAACGGAGUCACUGCAGCGGACCGCGUGAAGAAAGGUUUUGACUUCCAGUGGCCACAGCCUGACAAGCCGAUGUUCUUUUACGUCACCCAGGGCCAAGAGGAAAUAGCAAGCUCUGGGACAUCCUAUCUCAACAGGACUGAGGCAGCCAAUGUGGAGAAAAUAACCACAAGGUUGCUAAAGGCCGGAGCGAAACCUGAUCAGAUUGGCAUCAUUACGCCCUAUGAGGGACAGCGGUCCUACCUGGUCCAGUACAUGCAGUUCAGCGGCUCCCUCCACACCAAACUCUACCAGGAGGUUGAAAUAGCCAGUGUGGACGCCUUUCAAGGCAGAGAGAAGGACUUCAUCAUCCUGUCCUGUGUGAGGGCCAAUGAGCACCAGGGAAUCGGCUUCCUCAAUGAUCCCAGACGUCUCAAUGUGGCACUCACGAGGGCCAGGUAUGGUGUGAUAAUUGUGGGAAACCCUAAGGCCCUGUCCAAGCAGCCUCUGUGGAACCACCUGUUGAACUACUACAAGGAGCAGAAGGUCCUGGUUGAAGGCCCCCUGAACAACCUGAGAGAGAGCCUCAUGCAAUUCAGCAAGCCACGCAAGCUUGUCAACACCAUCAACCCUGUUAAUGGCCCUGACGGCGUGCUACAGAAUGGAGACGACCCUGUGGUAAAAGCCAGUCAGCUGCUUGCAGAGUUGAACUUUGAGGAGGAUGAGGAGGACACCUAUUACACCAAGGAUCUCCCGAUACAUGCCUGCAGUUAUUGUGGUAUUCAUGAUCCAGCCUGUGUGGUCUACUGCAACACGAGCAAGAAGUGGUUUUGCAAUGGCCGUGGAAACACAUCCGGCAGCCACAUUGUAAACCACCUGGUGAGAGCAAAGUCCAAGGAGGUGACCCUGCAUAAAGAUGGCCCCCUGGGGGAAACAGUGCUGGAGUGCUACAACUGUGGCUGUCGCAAUGUCUUCCUUCUGGGCUUCAUCCCUGCUAAAGCUGACUCAGUAGUGGUGUUACUGUGCAGGCAGCCAUGUGCCAGCCAGAGCAGCCUGAAAGACAUCAACUGGGACAGCUCACAGUGGCAGCCUCUCAUCCAGGACCGCUGCUUCCUGUCCUGGCUGGUGAAAAUCCCGUCAGAGCAGGAGCAGCUGAGGGCUCGUCAGAUCACCGCCCAGCAGAUCAACAAGCUGGAGGAGCUCUGGAAGGAGAAUCCCACUGCGACCCUGGAGGACCUGGAGAAGCCCGGUGUGGAUGAGGAGCCCCAACAUGUGCUGCUCCGCUAUGAGGAUGCCUACCAGUACCAGAACAUCUUUGGUCCUCUGGUGAAACUGGAGGCUGACUACGAUAAGAAACUCAAAGAGUCUCAGACUCAAGACAAUAUCACAGUCAGAUGGGACUUGGGCUUGAAUAAAAAGAGGAUUGCUUAUUUCACUCUUCCCAAGACAGACUCAGACAUGCGUCUCAUGCAGGGAGAUGAAAUUUGUCUGCGGUACAAAGGAGACCUGGCCCCUCCAUGGAAAGGCAUUGGACAUGUCAUCAAAGUCCCUGAUAACUAUGGUGAUGAGAUUGCCAUAGAGCUGAGGAGCAGCGCCGGAGCUCCGGUGGAGAUCCCACACAACUUUCAGGUCGACUUUGUGUGGAAGUCCACUUCCUUUGACAGGAUGCAGAGUGCCCUGAAGACGUUUGCCGUGGACGAGACCUCAGUGUCUGGUUACAUCUACCAUAAACUGCUGGGACAUGAGGUAGAGGAUGUGGUCAUCAAGUGUCAGCUGCCCAAACGCUUCACCGCUCAAGGCCUGCCUGACCUUAACCACUCACAGGUGUAUGCUGUGAAGACGGUGCUGCAGCGUCCCCUCAGUCUGAUCCAGGGUCCUCCGGGCACAGGGAAGACAGUAACCUCUGCGACCAUUGUCUACCACCUGGCUAGACAGGGCAACGGGCCAGUGCUGGUGUGCGCACCCAGCAACAUCGCCGUCGACCAGCUGACAGAGAAGAUCCACCAGACAGGCCUCAAGGUGGUGAGGCUGUGCGCCAAGAGCAGGGAGGCCAUAGACUCGCCUGUGUCCUUCCUGGCUCUGCACAACCAGACUCGUAACAUGGACAGUAUGCCAGAACUUCAGAAGCUUCAGCAGCUGAAGGACGAGACUGGAGAGCUGUCCUCCUCAGAUGAGAAGCGCUACAGAGCUCUGAGACGCACCGCUGAGAGGGAGCUGCUUAUGAAUGCUGACGUGAUCUGCUGUACCUGUGUCGGGGCGGGCGAUCCUCGUCUGGCCAAGAUGCAGUUCCGCUCAAUCCUGAUUGAUGAGAGCACCCAGGCCACCGAACCAGAGUGCAUGGUGCCUGUCGUCCUGGGGGCCAAACAGUUGAUUCUGGUGGGUGAUCACUGCCAGCUGGGCCCUGUGGUGAUGUGUAAGAAGGCAGCUAAAGCAGGCCUGUCCCAGUCUCUGUUUGAGCGUCUGGUAGUUUUGGGGAUCCGGCCAAUCCGUCUGCAGGUUCAGUACCGUAUGCACCCGGCUCUCAGCGCCUUCCCCUCCAACAUCUUCUAUGAGGGCUCUCUGCAGAACGGAGUCACUGCAGCGGACCGCGUGAAGAAAGGUUUUGACUUCCAGUGGCCACAGCCUGACAAGCCGAUGUUCUUUUACGUCACCCAGGGCCAAGAGGAAAUAGCAAGCUCUGGGACAUCCUAUCUCAACAGGACUGAGGCAGCCAAUGUGGAGAAAAUAACCACAAGGUUGCUAAAGGCCGGAGCGAAACCUGAUCAGAUUGGCAUCAUUACGCCCUAUGAGGGACAGCGGUCCUACCUGGUCCAGUACAUGCAGUUCAGCGGCUCCCUCCACACCAAACUCUACCAGGAGGUUGAAAUAGCCAGUGUGGACGCCUUUCAAGGCAGAGAGAAGGACUUCAUCAUCCUGUCCUGUGUGAGGGCCAAUGAGCACCAGGGAAUCGGCUUCCUCAAUGAUCCCAGACGUCUCAAUGUGGCACUCACGAGGGCCAGGUAUGGUGUGAUAAUUGUGGGAAACCCUAAGGCCCUGUCCAAGCAGCCUCUGUGGAACCACCUGUUGAACUACUACAAGGAGCAGAAGGUCCUGGUUGAAGGCCCCCUGAACAACCUGAGAGAGAGCCUCAUGCAAUUCAGCAAGCCACGCAAGCUUGUCAACACCAUCAACCCUGGGGGUCGAUUCAUGAGCACAGCCAUGUAUGAUGCCAGGGAGGCUCUCAUUCCUGGAUCUGUUUAUGACCGCAGCAGCAACGGCCGUUCAUCCAAUAUGUAUUUCCAAACCCAUGAUCAGAUCGGUAUGAUUGGCACAGGCCCCAGUCCCAUGACUUCCCUGAACAUCCCCAUCCCCUUCAACCUCGUGAUGCCCCCCAUACCUCCACCUGGGUACAUGGGACAGGUCAAUGGACCCUCAGCAGGUCGUGGUGGAGGCAUGAAAGGCAAGGCAGGCAGUGGAGGAGGCGGCGGGACUCGAGGUGGGCGUCAAAGAAACCGCGGCAACAUGGGGAACCACAGCGGAGGAGACCGGCAUGGAGGCCACAUGAGUGGCAGCCAGGCCAGCCAGGACCUGGGCUCCCAGCCCUUCUCACAGGGGCCUCUGACGCAGGGCUACAUCAACAUGAGCCAGCCAUCUCAGAUGAGCCAGCCCGGGCUCUCCCAGCCUGAACUCUCACAGGACAGUUACCUAGGAGACGAGUUCAAGUCCCAGAUUGAUGUGGCUUUGUCCCAGGACUCCACCUACCAGGGGGAGCGGGCCUACCAGCACGGUGUGACUGGACUGUCCCAGUACUAGACUGUUGUUGGAAAGGAGCUAGGCCUGUGUGAAGCUUAGUUCAAUGGUAUUUUAAUCUGGGUAAUAACAAAAAAGAACAAACAUGGAUACCCGUUUUCCACUGCUACAACCGAAGCACCACUGUGUGAAAGUAACAGGAGAGAGACCGUGAGAAACCAACCAAUCACAAGAGUGAGAGCAAAAAUGGGAGUAGAGCUGGACAGGAAGAGAGCAAGAGACGAGACGAGACGAGCGGGAGGCUGGUGGAGGAGAGAAGGCACUGCUGCUCACACGCGAAGACGUGGCGUAGGAGAAAGCUGUCGUUGUCGGAGCAGCGCAGUUGGAGAGGCGAGACCUUCGACGGGUCGAGGAGGGAGAAAGGUCCGAACGAGUCUGGAAGGGGUGGGGCGACUAUGUCAUCUUGUCCCCCGCGUGCCCCUGAAUCCUCGGGGAGCUCCAGGCAGUAUGGUUGGGAAUCUUGCUCCAAAAGCUGAGAAAGAUGGAGAAAAGGUGUCUCACACAUAUGUCCUCCAAGCUAACUCAACAGGACGUCUUCUGUGACUUGGAGAGAGAGAGAAAGAGAGAAAACAAAAGGGGACACAACUCUUGAAGCAGUUGAUAUGGCAACUUUUUUAAACUCAAAGCUUGAUUUGAGGCUCUGCAUCUGAUCACAUCUAAGCAUCCAGGAGAGAAGAGCGUGAAAAAAACUGUUUGGCUAUUCAAGUGAACUCAAAAGUGCUUGUGGUGUUGUGCCUCAAAGAGCUCAAAUGAAAUUUGAGGAUUACAUAGCCACGGAUCACUCGCUUUUCUUUCUCAGCUUUGAGUUGGAAAGUUUUCUGAAUAAAGGCUGUUUUCAUUGAGGUUUUUCAGUGAUGUAAGCUAGUGUAGUCGGCCGUCUUUCUAGGCAGGUCUUUCUCGAGGUGCUCUGCAAAGAACAAGUGGUGGAAUUAGCUCUUAAAAAUAUAAAAGAAAAACAUCUUUGUCUCCAGAUCUGAAGAGGUGGGCGCCAGACAUCUGAGUAUAGGGAGACAAUUUUGUUUUUGUUCUUCUAAAUGUAUCUUCUUAGUAGUGCAAAAGAGUGAACGUGAACACCAUAGCCAGCUUAUAACUGAAUGAAGCUGUCAUUCUUUCCUGCUGACCCUGAAGCCACUGAAGCUAGCAGACAGGGAUCAUCUUGAGCAUAUAUAGUGAAAUGCAUCAAAUAAGCCAAAUCAAGAGGGCGGUAAACCCCAAAGACCCUUCUCAAAAAGUAAAUGCAAAGUUAAAAAACAUGCAUACACUGAGAUUAUUUAGUGAUUAUCACAGUAGAGUGAAGUUUGAAAUCACUUGUAUAAAAGAAGUAUUCAGUUUUGACAUGAAUACACCGCACAAAGGAUGAUGAAAACUUUUAGAGCCCUAUCUUAUAAAUGUGUAGAAGGUGAACUUGAUCAUAGAUUUUCACCAUGUCAGACUGUGGUGAAAGCAUUUUAGAAAUCCCAUGUGCAUAUUUGCACGCUGAAAUUAGGCAUGAAGACCUUUAAAUUAUUACGACAGAAUGACCCCAGUGUAACGUUUCCUUCCCCUUGUUUCUUUAUUUUGGUCUUUUGUUGUCCUAAAGUCUUUAACUUAAGUGUGAAACUGUCACAAAUAGUAGCUCAUUGUGUCAAGAGCAGAGCAACUUUAAUGAGUAUUAGUGAACUUUGUGUCUUAGUUUCAAAGCUCUGCAUGUGUUAGUUCUCAGUUCACAUGCGUUAGUGAUGUUCACGUGCAGCUUGUUUUUAUCAGUGUCUAGUUUUCUUAUUAGGUGUACUAAUUCUGCUGUCAUUUUCAUGUCAUGGAAACACAUAACGCUGGAAAAAAAGUCAAACCAGUAGCAGGCCACGUUACCUCUGACUUAAAGCUGGGUGGAAUAUGUCUAAUAUCCCGUCAUGUAUGCUUUUUGGAGCCGUCAGUGGCUAGUGUUGUCACAAUACUGGAAUUUCUAACUUUGAUAUGACACCUUGAAGUCAGUACCACAGAGAAAAAUUGACGUUGAGGGCAUAAAAUACAUUUUUAAGUUAAAAGAUAGAUAAAACAUGACGACAGCAACGUUUCCUGGUUAGUAGCAGAGAACGGCAGAGUGACUAUAAACAGUAACAGCUGCAAUACUGCGGAAAAUGAGCAUUGAAACCGCUUCAGAUAUUCAGAAUCUUCUUAUCGAUAAAUGGAUAACUUUGACAACACUUCUUGUGGCACCUGGCACUUGCUGAAAAGUGCUCAGAGGAGAAGGACUUAAAUAUGUUUCUGUCACUAACGAGCUAUUUUACAUGUUCAUACUACCACAAUAAUGACUUAGCAUAACCAAUCCAGGUGAGCCAACUGCAGCUGUGCAGGACAUCAAAUAAUUUCUGUAUAAAUCACCUGUAGAUUAGUGUCCAUUUGCUCCCUAAAAUGUACGUGACACCCCACCAUUGCUAGCUACAUGCACCUGUUCAUCGAUGUAUUCAAAGACUGUCAUGCAUUUCUUUAAAUUAAAUUCCCAGUAAAUGACCACCCCAUGACUUCCCAACACAUUUACACUAGUCUGUCCAUGUCCUAUGACUAGAAGGUAACUUUUUGAGUUGUUUUCCUCUUCUAUACUUUUGCAGUGAAAAUCUUUGUUUGGCUUAUUGCUGUUUAGAACUGAAAAUGAAGUUUUGUGUUGGCACCAUUUUGUAUUUCUGCCCACUGAUCGAUGUUAGUAGUUGACUAAAACUAUGCUCACUAAGAUUCUCCUGUUGAUGAUCUUGGAAAAUUAAAGUUUUGCUUCUUUUUUUGCUCCUUCA